AUGCCAAAAAAAUUUACGGGUGAAAAUAGCAAGGCAGUUGUAGCCAAAGCAAGAAAAGCUGCUAUGAAGGAAGCUGAGAAUAUGAGGAAAAUUCAAGAUGCAGAAGACAACGCUUGGAAAGAUGAUGAUAAACAAGUGUUGAAAAAAAAACAGAAACAGGAAGAGCUGGAAAGAAAACGAUUACAACAGCUAGAAAAAAAAGCUGAGGCAAAAGCUCUCUUGGAAAAAGAGUUAGCUACUAUAAAGGUUGGCGGUAAACAACCUAGUUCAAAAAUUACAAGAGCAGAAAUUAUGUUAGAAACAGAAAAACGAAAUCAAGUGGCUUGUAAAAAGAAAGAAGUAGAGAAACCAAUCGAAGAAAACCUUAAUAGGCUCAACUUGGAAGGAGAAUCUGCUCAUGGAAUAAAUGAAGCGCUAACAUUAUUAAGCAUGAAAGAACCAGAAAUUGAUCGUCACCCAGAGAGACGAAUGAAAGCAGCUUAUAAUUGUUUUGAAGAGCAAAUGAUGCCAAUAAUUAAAGAUCAAAAUCCAACAUUAAGACUUAGCCAGUUAAAACAACUACUGAAAAAAGAAUGGAUGAAGUCACCUGAUAAUCCGUUAAAUCAAAGGUUUACAAGUAACUAG